AUGAGGGCGAUUGGAGUGAUUUUUGUUAGUUUCGCCGUGCUGACGUUCGCUCAAGAUGAAUAUCAACCUUCCAUUUAUGGCAUGAAAGGAUUUCGCAUUAAAACUGAUACUAGUGAGCAACGUGACUAUAUAAGUAAUUUGGAGGGUCAACCUGGCUUUGAUUUUUUGAAAUUGCCACGUAACCCUGACUCGCCGAUCGAAAUUCUUGUAGCUCCGGAACAAUUAGAUUCUUUCAAGGAUUUUUUGAACAAGAAAAAUAUUAAAUACAAAGUUUUUCUUGAAGAUGUGAGCAAAGUAAUUGAGAGAAAUCUUGUCUUACAAAAGCGAGCUCACAGAUUACGUUCAAAUGAUAUAUUAAAGGCCUUUCCACGAUAUAACGAGAUUGUUAGUUAUCUGAAAAGAAUCGCAAAACAAUAUAGCAAUAUCGCGGAACUCUUCAGCAUUGGCAAAAGUUACGAAGGCCGUGAUUUGUUAGGUAUAAAAAUCUCUAAUGGAACUGGUAACAAGCCUGUUGUGGUCAUUGAUGCUGGAAUUCACGCUCGAGAAUGGAUUGCUCCAACAACAGCUCUUUAUGCCAUCGAUCAGCUCGUUAAAAAUACAGCAAAUCAUUACCUUUUUCAAGAUGUCGAUAUUUACAUAAUCCCCUCAAUCAACCCCGACGGUUAUGAAUACAGCCAUCGAAACGCUUUUUCUAGGCUAUGGAGGAAAACUCGUUCUAAUCACUCGACAAAUGUUCGUUGUCGUGGCGUUGAUGCAAAUCGAAACUUUGACAUUUCAUGGAUGAGUACUGGAGCAUCAUCGAACCCAUGCAGCGAUACCUAUGCCGGACCUAGUGCAUUUUCCGAGCCAGAAACCAUUGCUCUUAGAGACUUUUUGCUGUCGCUGAAAGGCAGAAUCAGAACAUAUAUCACUCUCCAUUCAUAUGGACAAUACUUAUUAUAUCCUUGGGCAUUCACUAGUACUCCGCCGAAGGCUGAAAAACAUCUUAAAUGCGUUGCUCACGCAGCCGCAGCUGCAAUUUACAAACACCAACAACACGAAUAUACAAUUGGUAACACCAUCGAAGUUUUAUAUCCAGCAUCAGGUAGUAGUAUGGACUGGGCUAUGUCUGAGGCGGACGCCGGAAUAACAUACGCUGUGGAACUUCCUGGUGGUAGAUAUGGAUUCGCUCCACCACCUAAAAAUAUUAUUCCUGUUGGUCGAGAAACAUUCGAUGCUCUAGCAAUUUUCAUUCGAUACGCUAGUAUUGGAGAUCAAGUUUGUUAG